GAUCAUAUCAGUAUAAUGUCCCAGAGUCUUUGCCAGUGGCUUCUGUGGUGGCCAGAAUAAAAGCUGCAGAUGCAGAUGUGGGACCUAAUGCUGAAAUGGAGUACAAGAUUGUGGAUGGUGAUGGUUUGGGAGUAUUCAAAAUUUCGGUUGACAAAGACACCCAGGAGGGAAUCAUAACAAUUCAGAAGGAGCUGGAUUUUGAAGCUAAGACAAGCUAUACCCUGAGGAUAGAAGCAGCCAAUAUGCAUGUUGACCCUCGCUUCCUAAGUCUGGGACCCUUCAGUGACAUGACAACAGUGAAGAUAAUUGUAGAAGAUGUUGAUGAGCCACCAGUGUUUACUUCACGUUUGUACUCCAUGGUGGUGUCUGAAGCAGCAAAGAUCGGCACUAUCAUUGGAACUGUAGCAGCCCAUGAUCCAGAUGCCUCAAAUAGUCCUGUCAGGUACUCGAUAGAUCGAAAUACAGACCUGGAGAGGUAUUUCAAUAUUGAUGCCAACAGUGGAGUCAUUACAACUGCCAAAUCUUUGGACAGGGAAACUAAUGCUGUUCAUAAUAUCACAGUUUUGGCUAUGGAGAGUCAGAAUCCAGCACAGAUUGGGAGAGGUUAUGUAGCCAUCACUAUCCUUGACAUCAACGACAAUGCCCCUGAGUUUGCCAUGGAGUAUGAGACAACUGUCUGUGAAAAUGCUCAACCUGGUCAGGUCAUCCAGAAAAUCAGUGCAAUUGAUAAAGAUGACCCACCAAAUGGCCAUCAGUUCUACUUCAGUUUAACAGCAGAGGCAGCAAAUAACCACAAUUUUACACUGCAGGACAACAAAGAUAACACUGCAACAGUAUUAACCAGAAGAAAUGGGUUCCGAAGACAGGAACAAUCUGUUUUCUAUUUGCCAAUAUUCAUUGUGGACAGUGGAUCACCUUCACUUAGUAGCACUAAUACCCUCACCAUCAGAGUCUGUGAUUGUGAUGCAGAUGGUAUUGCUCAGACAUGCAAUGCAGAAGCAUAUAUCUUGCCUGCAGGACUUAGCACUGGAGCCCUGAUAGCAAUAUUGGCUUGUGUCUUGACACUGCUAGUUCUUGUCUUGCUGAUUGUCACCAUGAGGCGACGGAAAAAAGAGCCCCUCAUUUUUGAUGAAGAGAGAGAUAUCAGAGAGAACAUUGUCAGGUAUGAUGAUGAGGGUGGUGGAGAAGAAGACACUGAGGCUUUUGACAUGGCUGCCUUGAGAAACCUCAACAUUAUUCGAGACACCAAGACCAGAAGGGAUGUGACACCUGAGAUUCAGUUCUUGAGCAGACCAACUUUUAAAAGCAUCCCAGAUAAUGUCAUUUUUAGGGAAUUUAUCUGGGAAAGACUAAAAGAAGCUGAUGUGGACCCCUGCGCGCCACCUUAUGACUCCCUGCAGACAUACGCAUUUGAGGGGAAUGGCUCGGUGGCAGAGUCGCUCAGUUCUUUAGAUUCGAUCAGCUCAAACUCUGACCAGAACUACGAUUACCUCAGUGACUGGGGCCCUCGCUUUAAAAGGCUUGCAGAUAUGUAUGGGACUGGACCAGACUGCUUAUACUCAUAGCCUUGGAAUCUUUCUCUGAAAAUGCACUGAAGAAUACUAAACCAGAAAACUCAACCUUACAGAC